GCUCUAUUGUGUCCUUCAUGAUCUACGGCGCUCAUUGGGCGUCGUUUCAGUUCAUUUUAUCCCAUCCUUACCAGGAGCACCUCACGCCGAGUGAGUCUGGCAUCCGACGCCGACGAGGCAGAGCUGAUCUUAGUGGAGUCCUUGAAGAAGCAGAGGGAAUGAUCCAGCCUGCUUGUCUCAUUGGAGUUUGCUCAACCACGCUCGCAUGGCAUCGGAUCGAUUGGCGCGAGAAAUCGCAAGGUGGUCUCUCCCGUUUUUCUCAUCUCCGAGUUUAGGACUUCAGAUUGUCACCUGCCCCAAUCCACCUGCCGUCCUUGGCGACACAGACGAUGCCUAACAUUGAUUAAUCGCCUCGUGUAGAAAACCUACGUAAAAUUUGUGUGCCUUCGUCUCAUUGGCCGUAUUUCUGCACUUCUGCCUACUGGAUGAGAAAAAGGUGCGCGGUCUGGCACGAAUAUCUUCUGAGCAUGAAGCCGUGAACUGUGAAGUGAUGUCAGCAGCAUGACGGUGGCGCUGUGAUAAUCCCACAGAAAGCUACGUCAUCCACAUCUUCACUGGGGGGAAUCUAAAUACUGAUUUUGGGUACCGACGCUGGAAAGUGACCGCUCGCUACUUCAGAGUGUUCGCUUGGACAGCGCACGAGGAGGACUUUCAUCACCGACCAGCUGGGAAAGGGGAGCGAACGAGCGAUGUCAAUAGCGCCAUGCUCUCUCGCUACAGCUUCUGCAGCAGAAUUUGUUCAUCGCUCGCACUUCGAGUAAAGUGAAGAAGAGAGAAAGAGAUCGCCUUGAUGACAGGGAGACAAUAAAUUUAAAUUUCUAGGGUUGAACGCUGCAGACCCAUCCUGCGUUAUUGUCAGCCUUGGAACCCUCUCCCUCCAAACCUUUUGAAAAAAAAUUAAAAAGUCGACGAACGAUUGGUAGAUUGAAAAUUAAGUAUUGGUGUAUAAAGUACCAGGUGUGAUCCAGGCGCGAGGUAUAGCACAUACCUCGUCCUUGGUCUAGUCACCGCCGCAUCAGACGCACGCUGGAAUAUUUCGUGCUCGCGCUUUCCCGGACCAAACCCAUCAACCAAGUCCGACGGGUGUGGAACCACCGGGACCAGCGCCGCGACUCGACGGGCGACGCAGAGGACAUCGGAGAAGGAGGAGGAGUGGGCGGGGCUGAGUCAUCGAGCAGGAGGCGCCAUCGCUACCAAGUAGAAACAGUUGACGAGAUGGGCGGCAAGGAGGGAUGUGUGAUGUGUCUGAGAUGCCUGAUGGUGUUCUUUAACACACUACUCUGGCUAGCCGGUGUUGCCAUGCUCGGAUUCGGACUAUGGCUCCGCUACGGCCAGCAAUUCUUCCCGAAUCUGUCGCCCUCUGGCGACGAAGACGCGGUCUCGGCGGUGUCCGCCUACAACAUCGGCACCUAUGCUCUCAUGGCCGCUGGGGCCGUCAUCAUGGCCAUAGGAAUUCUGGGAUGCUGCGGCGCUGUCAAAGAAAGUUUCUGCUUACUAGGUUUGUAUUUCGUUAUUCUGUUCCUGCUGUUUGGUUUGGAAGUUGGAGCAAGUGCAUGGAUCUACAUCAACAGGGCAGAGCUUGGCAACAAAGUGGGCAACUACUUUGAGUGGUUGGUCACGGAAAAAUACGACGAAGACAAAGCAACGCAAGUAGCCGUGGACUACACGCAGUCUAGUCUUGAGUGUUGCGGGGCAAAUGGACAUCAGGACUGGUUAGAGUCUGGUCAGACCAUUCCUGUUUCAUGCGGCGUGGUCAACUGCACGUCCGACUGCCCAGAAGACGAAACACUCUUUGAUGAGGGUUGCAAAGCCAAAGUCAGCAGCAUAAUUCAAGGGAAUAUUUUCACCCUGGUGGGCGUGUGUAUAUCAGUGGCAGUCGCUCAGAUUCUGGUGAUGAUACUCGCCGUGUGUCUGUGCAGAGCCAUCCGACAGGCCGAUUUGGAGUACGACAAAUGCGGCACAGUCUGAAGGGCGCCCUCUGCUAGCCGCCACCCCAUCAAAGGACGCCCUCACCGACGUAUCAUCCACUCGAUUUUUAAGUCAUUCGAGUUCGCAUUGUCGUCAAGCGCCUCUUCAGUUUCAAGCUGCUCACGAAAUGAUACAUCUUCUAUCGCUUUAAAAACAUCUCCGCUAGGAACAAGCAUGAUUCAUACUUUUUCUUUUUUUGAAUGUUUAUCAAAGCGUCUACUGUUACCCAUUGUAUGAAGUGAAACAACAGUUGACACUACAACAGUUUUUGGCAACUUUAGAAAUAACUGCGAAACUUUCAAUGAGUUUUAGUGCUUUGCUGUAAGAAAGUUUGAAACACAAUCCUGAUUUUCUGCACAGUGAGUGGGAAAAAUCUUCAAAGAAAAUCCUGAACGCAAACGCAAAAGGUCUCCUGCAGUGCGUAGAUUGCAUAAUGUUCUCAUUCAAAAAUAAUUUCCAAAUUUCCACUCACAAUUCAAUGCAUUAAGAAUUUGUACAUUUGGCGUAGAUUAGUUGUACUACCUCUUUGAUCAUUCUGAUAUGAAUAUUGACUAAGUUUUAUUUACAAAUUGUAAAUAUCUAAUGUCAAAGGUAUCUCUUAUGAUUCCAUGCAUUUCAAAGGGCUUUGAUGUAGAUUAAAUGGUGUUUAUUUUUACCUUAAAGGCAGGAGGAUGAUUAUAAUGCUAAGUCGCUGAGGGCGGGAAUAAUCUUGGCAACGAGGUUGCACUUCACUGGUUUACGUUCACAUACCUCGUUGAGUCAGUGAAUGAAGACAGGUUUUGAACAUACACUUCGCUUCUGCCUCAUUCGGCGUAGUACUCGUUAUCUGGUCUCUUAAGAUGAAAACGUCUGGUUCAGUGCAUUGUCUUUUUUCCUCCAAAUUGGGGGCAUUUUCAUCAAGUUUUAUAACUUUAAGAGUUUAGGACAUUAUUUAGAGACAAAGGUGAGACUUUAAAGAUGACUUGAGCAGCCUGAAGUCCACGGAACAUGGCAGAAUAGAGGGCAAAGGUCGGGUACUGAUUCUUGCAUCGGAUUGGUUAAGCAAACAAUCUGAUGACCUGCCAAAUUCAGAUUCAGCAAUAAAUGUGCAAUAAAUGUGACUGGGAUCGUAGUCAUGGAGACGGUUGUCAGAUCGUUAAGAGCAUUACACCACAUCGAAUGACGUCAUGCAUUCGCCACACCCCAGAUCAGUUUAAAUUUGACCGUCGUCUUUUAUCUCAUUACGAAAUUCCUAGUUAGGCGAUUUAUCUUUAAUAUCUUUUAGGUUGAGUAACUCUGGCUGUACAUGAAACAGAUAUGCAAUUGAAUAAACAAAGUAGUCGUUCGAAAAGUAAAAA